AUGUCACAUUGUUACAAUUUAUUGGCAAGUCUGUCAUGCCUCAUCUCCCCACCUGGGGUGGCCUUGAAACCCGGUAACCUUCAUCGUUUCAAGAUUGCAUUUAUCCUUGUUCCCAUUUGCCUUUUAACAUGUGAUCUUGGUAAAAUGUUUUACUCGAACCAUACUUUUACUCUUUAUGAAUCAACCAUGGAAAAAUGGAAGGUUGUGCUUGUUGUUGGAGCCAUUUCAUAUGCAAAUGCCUAUCCAUUGCAUAAUAAAAGUAAGUCAGAGUCAUGGGCAAGUUAUGUGGAAAGAAAUAUUGUUUACCAGCCAUGGAUUUGGAGUGCUGAGAAUCCUGAA